AUGCCUUCCGGAAUCUUCAACUCCACUUAUUACGGUAAAGACUACCGUGCCGGUGCUGCACUUCUCCGCGCCCGCCGGCCAUACCUUGUCAAGAAUGCCGUGACUGGCGUUGGUCUUUGCAUCUUCACAAUUGGUGUUUAUGCAUACACCCUCCGCGCCGUCGGCCAGGAAGAUUUCUCUGACGUCCAGGUCCCCGAUGCCCCUGCUGCCGCCCCUCAGAACUCGAAGCAAUGA